AUGAGCCUCAGACCUAACUCCACCUCCUUCUGUACCAGUGCGAGCCUACUUCGUGUCUUACAGGUGUUGCUGCUACUGUCACUGCUCCUGACUGUGCUGUUUUCCUCCACCAAUGGACAAUGUAAGUGAAACUUAAGGAAAGCUGAAGAUAGAGCUGAAAGUGUAGAUGGUGAACCGUACUUUGAACUGCGCUGCUUGUGUAUGAAGACUAUCUCCGGAAUUCAUCCCAGUAACAUCCAAAAUUUGAAGGUGAACAGGGCAGGACCCCAUUGUGCCAAAGUUGAAGUGAUGGCCACGCUGAAGGAUGGGAAGAAAGUCUGCCUGGACCCAGAAGCUCCCAGAAUCAAGAAAAUAGUCCAGAAAAUUUUGGAAAGUGAUGGAUCAGCUGCUUAA